GUACCACUCGGCAGCCCAGAGAGGGGGAGGUUCCCGGAGUGGACUACAACUUCAUCGGCGUGGGGGAGUUCAGGGACCUGGAGGAGAGCGGCCUGCUGCUGGAGAGCGGCACGUAUGAUGGUAACUACUACGGGACCCCGAAGCCCCCCGCGGAGCCGAGCCCGGUGCAGCCCGACCUGGUGGACCAGGUUCUGUUCGACGAGGAGUUUGACACCGAAGUUCAGAGGAAACGCACAACGUCUGUCAGUAAAAUGGACAGAAAGGACAGCGCAGCUCCAGAGGAAGAGGACGAGGACGAGAAAACACCUGCAGUCAACGGCCUGGCCGGUGAGAAACGUCCUCUUCUACUUCUAUAGC